AUGGUGCCGGUCCGCGAAAGUGUGACUGCCGCAGAGGUCUGUGGUCUCCUGGCAGAAGGCUGCAGUUCAUCUGUGAAGGCAGAUGUAAGCGCGUUUCCAGCAUGUUCAGUGGCUGGUAUUCCAAGUGGGAAGAAAUGUUAUUUUGCAAGUCAUGUUAUAUGUGGUUAUUAUCAGUUCUGCAGUCCUGACUGGGAGGAAAUAAAUUAUGACACCCAGAAAAAUGAAGACUUGCUCCAAACAAGUAUUGAUGAAUGUCUGGGAGCUAUACAGAAUUUUGAGGAAGAAGACAACAACAGCAGAGAGUCACUGUCUAUGGCUGAUAUCUACGAUGAAGCUGCAGAAGGUCUGCAUCAACUAGCUGAUAAACUGCCUGCCCCAGGCAGAGCAAUGGUUGAUGUAAUACUGCAUGCUGUUGAGCGAGAUGCACCCAAAUUAAAAGACUGCUUACCUGCUGUUGGUGCCCUGAAACACCUGAGAGAAUGGCACUCUGCAGAAAUCACCAUUGCAGCAAACGACUCUAAAGGAUGGCAAAAAAUUGCAGACUGUCUAUCAGCAGAGUUUGUAUCUUUGGAUAAUCUCAGGAGUAUUGUUGAUUUAAAAGAACUCUGGAGGGGAAAGGUUCAGAUAUGGGAGAAAAAGUUUGGAUCAGAAGUUAGUUUUCCAGAAUUUUGCAUGAAAGGUAUUUCAGCAAAGCCAUUUAGCACUUCACAUUUAAGUUCUUGCUUUGCUGCUAAGAAAGAGCCACAGUCAAGGAAUACUGAUGCUAUGCCAGAGGUUUUUCAUUACUAUGGUCCUGCGUUAGAAUUUUUGCAGAUGGUGUUGCUUUCUGAUCUGCCCUCCUGUUUUAUAUCAGAUCUGGAAUUUGAGCUGAGCCUGGCAAGAAAGAAUAUCAAGACAUCUGUGCUGCUUUUGGACCAGAUUUCUUCUCUCUCUGGGAAGGUGGGAGCUUUAUUUGCUUUGCCAUGUAAUGUAAGCAACGUACUGAUCCCAUCCCCUGCGCAACUGAGUACAAAGAAAUGGAAGGAAUAUAUGGCUAGAAAACCUAAGAUCAUUACUGUUCCAGAAGUUGAACUGAAAGGAGAAUCUUGCCGAUAUUAUUUCUUGCUGCAAGGCAAUGGCUCUGGAGGAUGUAAAGCAACUUUGAUUCAUUCAGCUAGUCAGAUCAAUGGAAUGGCUGCUCUUGCUGCAGUAAAUGGGAAGCUGAAGACAAAUGCAGGAGAAACAGAAUCAAACUUUCGUAUUGCAGACUUCAUUGAAUCUCUUCCGCGUUUCUGUGGAGAGCAGAUUGUAGAGAGAGAAAAGAAACUGUCUCAUAUCCAAGUGUUUGCUUUGAAAGAGUAUCUCAAGAGAAAGGAAUUGACCAGGCAGCGUUCAGUUAUUUCUACUGAUGAGAUCAAAAACUUGUUAGCGCUUACAAGAGAAAGUUUUUUGGAACUGUGCAACGCUAGUCUUCCUAAACCUGUUCGACAGAAAGUUGCUGAUAAAACUAGGUCAUACACAGUGACUUCUGAAUCUGAUUUAAUGGAGCCAAAUCCAUUGGAGUGGCCAGAAAGACAUGUUCUUCCGAAUUUGGAAAACUUUGAAAAAAUUAAACAAAAAAUGAGAGUUUCUAUGUUUCCACAUUCAUCUGAGCAGUUACUGGGACAUAAAGAUGGCCAAAGAGAGUCACUGACAUUGCUUGAUGCUAAAGAGUUGCUGAAAUACUUCACACCAGAAGGGUUACCAGUUGGUGAUCUUCAGCCAUUACAAAUUCCCAAACGUGAAAAUGUUUUCCUUUUGACGCCAGAGCUUACUCCUCGGAAGCUCAGAGGUUUACCUUUUGAAAAGGCAACUGGAUGCCAUUAUCAUGGAGUUGAGUAUUGUCUAGAUAACAGAAAAGCUUUAGAGAGAGAUGUGGGAUAUGCUGAACUUCAAACUCGUCUUAUUCGAUACGAAACUCAGACUACUUGCACCAAAGAGUGCUGCCCUGUACCCGUUGUCCUGAGCCCUCUGCCAUCUCCUGCAGUCCUGUCAGAGCCUGGAAGUGUCCCGGAUGGAGAAUCUUUACAAAGCGAAUUGAGAACGGAGGCAUCAAGGCUAAAACGCAGAUCAAAAGACUUAGAUUGCUUUUAUCCCAAGAAGAGGCUAACCAAAUCUGAGAGCACAGACUCUCUCCUUUCUCAGGCAAGCGGUAGUAGUGGAAGUCAGUAUUCAAUUGCAGUAACCAGGAAGCGCUCAGAAAGAUCAAUUUCUUUAGCUUCAGCGCCGUUGAAACAGUCCUGUCAGCCUCACAAAGUAACCACAAAGGCUGGCUCAGCAAGUCGCAUAAGUGCAACAGAAGCUGAGACUUCAAAGCCAGCUAAGGAAUCGAGAUCUCAAAAACACACGAGGAUGCUGAAGGAGGUGGUGGCCAAAACUCUUCAAAAACAUGGGAUUGCAGAUGAUCACAAAUGCUUUGCAUCAUGCAGCCAGCGUCUAUUUGAGAUAUCCAAGUUCUACCUGAAGGAUCUGAAAACUUCUAGAGGACUUCUUGAUGAAAUGAAGAAAACGGCAAAUAACAAUGUUAAACAGGUGAUUGAGUGGGUGUUAGAGAAGACUGACAAUUAGAGAUACUGAAUGGAUGCUAUUCACACCUUCCUGGAAACUUCAGAGAGAGAGCACUUUUCAUUGUAUGAGAAACACUAAACUGGGUGAAAGACAGACAGGCACACAGCAGGCACACACACACAUGAAGAGUUUUGUUUAGAGUAAUUAUGUAGAUCUAAUUCUCAAGCCAAGUAGCAUGUUUUGAAACUUCAUACUGAUAGCUUUUAUUAUAAUUUAAAACUCAAAUGAAAAUAGUUUUUUAUAUGCCUAUUUAUUGUGUUUCAUUGUUAAAAGGAAUGCAGCUUGAUUUGAUUUUUUGAUAAAACUUUGUUUUUUUCAAUGAGGAUUUGUUACUGACAUGAAUACAAAAGGCUGUAUUUAAUUGGAACAACAAGGCUAUUUUACCUUUUUGCACAGAAAGACCUCUAUUUUAUUUGCAGUUACUUGCUGUUUUAUAAAUAAACUGGAUAAAACUG